AUGGCCAACUAUCAACCUUCAUCCACCUUCAACGCAGCCGGUCUGCGCGUUUUCUCUCCUCUUCAACUUCAAGACGUUAACUCGAUCUCUUCUGCUAUGGAUGAACUGGACACGACCGUCAUGCAGUACGGCAUGGCGGUCGUGUUCGAAGCUGCACUUAGCCGGAUUGCUCCCGACUCGCAGCUCGACCAUACCACGAAGGAUCUCUACGCACUGCCGUUCAUCAUCUCAGCAUGUUCAACGAAAGCCGCGGUGCGGCUCAAGGAGGACGCAGUCGGCCUCUUUCCACGAACACGCGCAAGCUGGAAUGAAACCGGUGUUGGGUGGCGCUUGCUCCUCGCGCUGCUUAAGGCCGCUUACUUCCUCGCCGUCGAGCCAACUGUCACGCGACGGUACCCAUCGCUUGCCUCAACGGAUCACAAGCACGCGCUCCUGCAGAUGGCCCACUUCGCAUCUGUCGUGUCGCGUUCCAUCCGGUCCUUCAUCAUCAAUCGUGUUGCGCACAGACACGGUCCCUCGCUGGCGCCCUUCCGGAUGCUCGAUUAUAGGAUACCCCGUAUUCCGCCCUUUGCGCACACAACAUACCUACCAAGGCGAUAUCGAUCUUGUGCGAACGAGAGACUCGAGCGGCGCAUGGACGAAUGGUGGGAGGCAUGGCGGUUGGCACACGACGGCGAUACGCUCUCUGCGUGCAAUGACUUAGGCAUCGUUCGCCCGCUGUUACACUCAGAAGCGGAGACAAUGUGUGUCUCCCUCUUGGUGGCAUGCUCGAAUAUGCUCGAGGACUUACUCGCAUAUUUCCGCCGUGAGACCAUCAAGAACGCGAUCCAAAGCGCAUACACCUCCCGUACGGAUGCCGACCCUCAUGUUCUCGCAAUCGACAACUGCUCCGCCUACUCUCGGCGCCAUACAUCACCACCGCCGACAUCGACAUCACUCUGCAUCCGCCGCGUUCAGCUCAAUACGGAGUUCCCCUUCGAUCAUGUCGAAGGUUUCGGCCCAUGGCGCAUCCUAGUGGAGCACGAAGCCCGUAAAGCUCUUCGAGAGGCGGAUGAAAGAACAUACCGCGUUCACCUCGCGAAGCUGCAAGAGCUCUCCGCCGGAUAUCUGUACGGUGAUCAUAUGAAGAGGCUGAAGUGGCACAACACGCUGUUGCCUGUGUAUGAGGCUAAGGUCACAAGGAACUCGCGCAUUGUGUACCAGUUCCAUGUCGUGCCCGACGAUGACGGAAAAGCCGAGCGUCAAGUCCUUCGCAUAUGGCACAUCUCCAAUCAUGUCCAGAUCGACCGUCAGCACAGUAUCUGGGCGUCCAUCACAGACCACGAACGACGAUUGAACGCGCGUCUACACGGUGUCGGGCGCGAUGGGCCGACUCUACUCUCUCGCUUUCUUAUGGGGAAACAUCUUACGAGGGCGAGCCCUCAAGUCUCUCUGUCUCUAUUCAACGCAGCUGGCCUGUCUGUCUUCACGCCCUGGCGGCUUCAAGACCACAACGCGAACGACGCUGCCGUCGAAGAGCUGAACGUGGCCGUACUCCAAGUAGGCGCCCCAGCGAUACUCAAGGCCGCUCUCGACCAACUUGAUCCCGCUGCGCAUUUGGCCCGUACUACUUCGAGGGCCCUGUAUGCCCUCCCGUAUAUCAUCUCAGUGCUCUCGAUGAAGGCCGCCGGUCAAUUGACGAAGGACGCUCUCGAUCUCUUCUCGCGCACACAAGAUGAUAGCGAUUCGACAUACGGCUGGCGACUACUUCGCGCCCUUCUUAAGGCUGCGUUCUGCCUCCCAAUCCAGCCUUCCCUGCGUAGAUUGCGUCUGGCUAGCUUCCAUGAGCACAAGUAUGCUAUGCGCGAUAUGGCUCACCUCACGGGGGUCUUGGCGCAGGCGCUCUUGUACAACGUCAGCAAAGGCGCAGCUCGAACGCGCUCUCGCUCAGGCUCGUAUUCAGGCCCUCCGUCGUCGUUGCGGCACUGUCUUGUGGGCAGCAUUCCCCACUUUCCAGUCACAGAUGGGUACACUCCUCCCAGAUCCAGAUCUCAUCACGCCCGACGCGAGUGCAGUCGCUUUGAAGCGCGCGCGCAGAAGUGGUGGGAGACGUGGGAGACUGCGCACAAGGACAAUGUGUGCGCGUUUGACGAGUUGGGCGUGGCCCAACCGGCCUCGCGCUCCGAAGCGCACGAGUUAUCUAGAGCAGUGGUUUCGACUGGCAGCCGCAUACUUCAGGAGCUUCUCGACUACUUCCGCCGCGACACUGUCAAGGACGCGGUCCACAACGUCUAUCUCCGCUUCGAUGACGCGGACACCACCGCAUGGAUAGGCGACGACGACAUUGCCACGAGCGACUGGGGAAGCCAUGUUCCUACUCUCCCUGACGUCGAUGGUGCAUCGGUGGCCCCACACAAGGACCUUGAAGCUGACGAGAACGAGAACUUCCCCUUCGAUGGUGAUGCGGACUUUGGCCCAUGGCGCAUCCUAGUCACCCACGAAGCACGCAAGACGCUCCGUGAUGCUGACGGGAAGAUGCAUGAGGUCUAUCGUAGGAAGAUGCAGGAGCUCUCGCACGGCCAUCUGUACGGCGACAAUCAGAAGAAGCUCGUGGGACACAAGAAGAAUCAGCUUGUGCCGCUCUACGAGGCGAAGAUCACGAGAGAUACUCGACUAGUGUAUCAGAUACACGUUGUUCCCGACGAAGACCAGUUGCAUGAACGUCAGGUCAUCCGCGUAUGGGCGAUUUAUAGUCAUCGCCAGCUCGACAAGAGUCGCAUGUGCACGGUAGAAUGUCGCGGCGCAAAGAGUACCAGCAACGUUGCGCGGCUCGUGCGCCCGCAGAAGGUUGCAUAUCGCAGACCUCUAUCCGUCCGACCGUAUGGUCGCUGA